AUGCCUCCCAACUCAAAGACAAUUGACAAAAAUGCUAGAAAACUCAAAAUUCUCAUGUUACAUGGCUACACACAAUCCGGCCCCCUCUUCCAAGCAAAAACCCAACGCAUCAAAAAGCUACUCGAAAAAUCUCUCGCUACUUCACCCAUACCCACAGAUGAACGCAUCAACGGAGUAGACCUCAUCUAUCCCACCGGGCCCUUCGCAGUCACCUCUGCCGAUCUCAACGGAGCAGAAGUCAGAGAAGACGCAAACGGAUGGUGGAAAUUGCGAGAACGCGGUGAAGCCCAAGAAGGUGUAGAUGGAGGACUAAACGUUGUGGCAAAAGUGCUGCAGGAACAAGGUCCCUUUGAUGGAGUAAUGGGGUUUAGUCAAGGCGCUGCUCUGGCCGCUAUGGUGACUUCGCUGCUCGAAGCAGGACGAGCAAAUGCUUUUGCUCGAGUCAAAGAUGGCAUGGCUUUUCCGUCUUCAUUUGCAGAACUUCAGCACCCACCUCUGAAAUUCGGCGUUUGUUUCUCGGGACUGUUGAACAAGCAUGAGAGGUAUACUGCUUUUUACGAACCCAAGAUUCAAACGCCAGUCUUGCAUGUUCUGGGCAGUAUGGAUACUAUUGUCGAGGAAAGCGAGUCGUUGGCUCUUGCGGACAGGUGUGUUGAUGGUGGAGCUGGGAACAUCAUUAGACAUGCUGGUACGCAUACUGUGCCGACGAGCGAGAGGGACAUCGCGGCUGUGAUACAGUUCAUCCGCAGUGUGUACCCUAAUGGCAAGACACCGGUGCAAAAGAAGAAGGAGGAAGAUGUGCUGGACAUGGACAUGCCUUUCUAG